AUCAAUGCUACAUAUCAGUGCCCAUCUGAGCUGCCAAUCAGUGCCACCUAUAAGUGCUGCCAGUCAGUGCUGCCUAUCAGUGCCGCCUAUCAGUGCCAUAUGAGUGCUGCCUUUCAGUGCCCAUCAGUGAUGCCUGUCAAUGCUCAUCAGUGCCACCUACCAGUGCCUCCUCAUCAGUGCCACCUAUCAGUGCUACCUAUCAGUUGUCCAUCAGUGCAGCCUAUCAGUGCCCAUCACUGCAGCCUCAUUAGCGCACAUCAGUGAAGGAGAAAAAUCACUUAUUUACAAACUUUUAUAACAAAAACUAAGAACUUUUUUUUUUUUCAAAAUUUUCAGUGGUUUUUGGUUUGUUUAAAAAAAAAAAAAAAACCCCAGAGGUGAUUAA